AUGGACACAAAGAUAGUGUGCAAAGGGCCGCUGGCUGGAAGUCGCCAGGGCGUGUCUGGAGCUAGCGCUGGACGCGACAACAUGCGGGCCUCCAGCCGAGCGCGGGGUGCUACAAGACCACCUAACAGUCCCCCGUAUCCAUCAUCCCCACCGGAAGGCUUGGUGUCGGCUGGUUCUUCUCGGACUCAGCAAGCGACACCCGCCGCUGGUGGAGCACGUCGGAUGCGUUGGUCACAAAUAAUGAACGCAAACGAACUGCGGUCGUACUUUAGUGCAAAAGGGGAAGAAACUGGAUGUUUGGCGUAUCGGGCUCGGAUGCAUCGGUUUUUUGCAGAGCUGGAGUCAUCUCUAUCUGCCACUGAGCAAAACCUGGCAGACCGAGUUCGGUACAUCCUACGCUCCAACAUAUUUGGCGAUGCCGAACUCGAACGACUACGACGUGAGGCUGUUCCCUCAUCGGAUGGGAAUGCUACGGCUGGGAAUGCGGUGCCACUAAUUGCGAAGCAAACUGCGUAUGUGGAUGCUGUCGUGGAUAUUCCAUUUGUGGUUGAUUCAGACGAUGAUGGAAUAGUCCCCCACGAACUAGAGAAAAUGAGGAGCAUAUUGGAAGAGUCGAUGCUGGAAACGCGCAAUAAACCUCUAGAAAAUCAAUCGCAACUUCCCCGCAUACCCCUAAGCAAGCAGAAUCGGGCUGUCGUGCGGGCUCUUAACCCAAUGCUGGCAACCUAUUUGGAAACCAGCCGGGACCUUUGCGAGACGGACUCGAUUAUUUUUGGCGCCGCACUGGCAGUAUGCCGUAUUAUUGGCGCCAAACUUCCCAUGGCUGGACGUGCUACUCGACAAAGUGUCGCCAUCCCAGCCUGGAGAAAAAGAAUCGAGGACCGUAUCACAAAGGCAAGAGCCCUUAUCGGCAGACUGACAAGCUUCAGGUUGGCUAAUAAUAGACCGAGGGUUGUGCGCACCGUUAGAAUGGCAUUUGGACAAUAUAUUAGUUUGUCCCAGCCGGAUUUCACACAGAAACUUAUGGAGCGCAUAGAUGAAUUGAAUCAAAAAAUCGCUGCUUGGGGGAAGCGGAUUCGACGAUUUAGCGAGAGGUCUAGGCGAUUCAACCAGAAUCUUUUCUUCCAGAGUGAUCAAAAGAGGCUCUAUAAAUCAUUGGAGUGA